GUACAAUGGCUCAUGAGGGAAAGGUAAGUCAAUAUUACGUUUUUUUUCCUUCCUCCUCGCUGACAAAGGCAAAUGAAGCCAUGUUUUUGCUUACAAACAUCUUAACGCGUGGAUGCGGAGCCAUGCGCCGAUGCGCUGCGUGAGGAGAGGCCGCUGCGACCUUCCGCCUGCUCCCCUCUGAUUCCUGAGAUCUUUGGAAACGGGAUAGAUGGUUUUUAAAUCUUUACUUGGGAUAUCUUUUAAAGCGAACAACUUGAGUCGCACUGUAACUCUCAGAGAGCAGCGAGGACCCAAAAACAUCAGAUCUAAUUGGAUACAGAAAAUGAGUUUCGGGGUGAGCUGGUGAACCAGCGGUGGACACGAGGCGAGAGGAAUAGCAGCCGCUGUCAGGCCUCCCAGAGACUGCAGAGCCGUAGACCAAUCAUGAUGAGUGUGGAGGGUGACGACAAGCGAACUCGCACUCGGUCAAAGGGAAUCCGAGUUCCUAUUGAGCUCAUAGGACAAGAGCUGAGCUGCCCCACCCCCGGAUGCAAUGGCUCCGGCCAUAUCAGUGGGAGAUACUCACGACACAGAAGCCUUCUGGCUUGCCCAAUAGCCAGGAAGCGCCGUCAGGAGGAAGCUGAACAGGAGCAGGAACAGGAAGCAGGGAGGCCCGCGUCCAAGAGGAAGUCCCACCCCUUGAAACUUGCCCUGGACGAGGGCUUCAGCGCUGAGAGUGACGCCAGCAGCGAGGCGGAGGACGAAGCUGAGAAUGAUGGAGGAAAGGUAGAAAAGGAAGCCACUGAGGCAAGAGAGGAGGAAGAGAAGGAUGCAGGUGUGGAGGAGAUGGCUCCUAAACACCUGGAGCAGGACACUGAUGGACUGAUGAACAGGCAGGAGGAGGAGACACAGCAGGAGGAGGAAGAGAAGACAUCAGCAGGUGAUGAAGAGCAAGAGUGUGUGAUCGUUGAGCCGGAGCUACGCGCCCCAUCACCUGCAGCCAAGGUGUGCUGUCCUCCUUCACAGAGCACCGAAGAGGUGGCCGACUCUCUGCUCCACCUGAGCCGGGUCUCUAACGGCCACGCUGUGAGCGUGCUUGUGCAACAGAUUGAAGAUGUCAGCGUGGCAGCUGAAAGCGGUGAAGAAGUAAAGUAUGAGCAGGAGGGGGCCAUGCAUGAGGGCGAGGAGGAAGAGGAGGAGGCACAAACAGUACUGGAGGAGUCAUCUGUUCUGCAGGAUGAGGGGAGGAAGGUGGAGGAAGAACAAGAGGAGCAUGUUAACAUGAGCAACCAUGUGAGCCAUAAUGAACAGAUCAAAGGUGAAGAGGAGGAGGAGAUGGUGGUAUCAGUGCAACAGAUGCAGGAAACCCUAGCAGAAGAUGAGGAAGAUGAUGAGAAAGAUGAAGAGGACCAAAGGAGCCCUUUCCUCUCCAUAUCUGAUGUGCCAACUGCCGUCCGAACCAUCACCAGCACAGCAGCAGCUCAGGGAACACACAUUAAGAUGGAAAACCACUUACUUCAGGAGGACUACAGCAGCAACAAAUACGACUCACUUCAAAACUUCAAAACCAGCCCUCCUUUAAGCUACAGCUCCCACAGGGCCAGCCCUCUUGAUGACUACUUCUCCAUUCCCAGAGUGGAGAACUACAAAAUCCACAAGGCCUCAUCAUCAGCAUCUCCUGACAUUAUUGAAGUGCGAUCUGACAGGUCAGAGGAGAAAGACUGUGAUGACUUAGAUGGAGACGAUGAGCGGGAUGAUGAAGACAGCCUGUCGCAGCGUUCCACGGUGACAGACGAGUCGGAGAUGUUCGACAUGACCAGAGGGAACCUGGGUCUCCUGGAACAGGCCAUCGCUCUGAAGGCUGAGCAGGUGAAGCCGGCUGGACCCAGAGAGCUGCUCCGUGCUCCAGAUCUCCACCACCAGAGAUACUUUACCAUUGAGGACAGACCCAAGCACCUGGACAUCAUCCGGAAGACCUACUUCGGCAAAGAGAGGCCAGAGAAGAGAGAGAACAAGUGUCCCACGCCAGGGUGUGACGGGACAGGCCAUGUGACUGGCCUUUACCCCCACCACCGCAGCCUGUCAGGCUGUCCGCACAAGGACCGGAUCCCCCCAGAGAUUCUGGCCAUGCAUGAAAAUGUGCUGAAGUGUCCAACUCCUGGCUGUACUGGCCAGGGCCACGUAAACAGUAACCGCAACACACACCGCAGUCUCUCUGGAUGCCCGAUCGCUGCUGCAGAGAAGCUUUCCAAGACCCACGAUAAGCAGCAUCUCUCUCAGCUGGGCAGCGAACACCUCAAAGGAAGUCCCAACGACAGAGUGCUGAGGCCCAUGUGCUUUGUAAAGCAGCUGGAGGUGCCCCAGUAUGGCAACUACAGGCCCAAUAUGGCACCCUCUACACCUCGCGCCAACCUGGCCAAGGAGCUGGAGAAGUACUCCAAAGUCUCCUUCGAUUAUGCAAGCUUCGAUGCCCAAGUGUUCGGGAAGCGCACGCUUGCUCCAAAGAUGACCACCAGCGAAACUUCACCCAAAGCCUUCAAAACCAAGCCCUCAUUCCCCAAGUCAUCCUCUCCCAGCCUGAGUCUCCACGCUUAUGGGAAGAGCUCCACCCUCCCCUACGACUAUUCCCAUGAUGCUGAAGCUGCUCACAUGGCUGCCACCGCCAUCCUUAACCUGUCCACUCGCUGCUGGGAGAAACCUGAGAACCUUAGCAUUAAAUCACCAAACAAGGACAUGGACAUUGAGGUGGAUGAGAAUGGCACUCUGGACCUGAGCAUGAAGAAGCCUAUUAAACGAGAGGGCAGUGUAUCUGGCACCAGUCCCGGGGUUCGGUCUCCAGAUCCUUCUUCAUCCUCCUCCUCUUCAUUCCAUCAUGGUGGAAACAGUGGAAUGACAUCCCCAAACCUUCAUACGUACAAGCAGGAGGACUGGGAGGGACCUCUGGAUUUCACCAAACCCAACCGCCAGAGGGAGGAGGAAACUGACGAGAUGGAACACACAGGCCAGUCGUACGUCUCAUCUGACCCAGAGGACUGUGACAUGAUGCAGGACUGUCUGGAGGAGAGGAAGUACCCAGGAGAGGUCACAACCCCCAGCUUCAAAGUCAAGUUUCAGCCCAAGGACAGCAAGAAAGAACUGCUCUCGUGCCCCACACCUGGCUGUGAUGGCAGUGGCCACAUAACUGGAAACUACGCAUCCCACCGCAGUCUGUCUGGGUGUCCUCUCGCUGAUAAGAGCCUUCGGUCCCUCAUGGCGGCCCACACCCCUGAACUCAAAUGCCCCACACCAGGAUGCGACGGCUCAGGUCACAUCACAGGAAACUACGCCUCUCACAGAAGUCUCUCUGGGUGCCCGCGUGCCAAGAAAAGUGGAAUUAAAACUCCUACCAAGGACAACCAGGAGGACUCGGAGCUUUUAAAAUGCCCUGUGCCGGGCUGCGACAGCCUCGGCCACAUCAGCGGCAAGUACGCCACUCACCGCAGCGCCUACGGGUGUCCCCUGGCCGCCCGCAGACAAAAGGAGGGUCUGCUGAAUGGGAUGCCCUUCAACUGGAAGGCUUUCAAGACGGAGGGCCCAACCUGCCCCACCCCUGGGUGUGAUGGCUCCGGACACGCCAAUGGAAGCUUCCUCACACACCGCAGCCUCUCAGGAUGCCCAAGAGCCUUGUACGCCAAGAAGAAGGCCAAGUUCCCCUCAGAGGACUACAUGAGCACCAAGUUCAGAGCCACUGAUGUUUUGGACAACGAUGAGGAGAUCAAGCAGCUCAACAGGGAGAUAAACAACCUCAACGAAUCCAACAAUGAAAUGGAGGCAGACAUGGUCAACUUGCAGACUCAGAUCUCUUCCAUGGAAAAAAACCUGAAGAGCAUUGAACACGAGAACAAGAUGAUUGAAGAGCAGAACGAGGCCCUUUUCAUGGAGCUCUCCGGUCUGAGCCGGGCCCUCAUCUGCAGCCUGGCUAAUAUCCACCUGCCACACAUGGUGAGGCUUCUUAUUUCACUAUUUUCACUUUGUCUCUUUAUGUGUUUUAGCUGCCUCUUGUAUAUCCUGCUCAUCUCAUCUUCUUUUGCAUGGCUGCAGGAGCCAAUCACAGAGCAGAACUUUGACAACUACGUCAGCACCCUGACCGACAUGUACACCAACAAGGAGUGCUUCCAGAGCCCGGAGAACAAGGCCUUGCUGGAGAGCAUCAACAAGGCCGUGAAGGGCAUCAAAGUGUGAGGCUCGACGUGCAGCACAGCGGGAAAUCUGAAGUGGCUGCUGAAGCUGGAGAACUGGAUGCAGGAGGAACUGGAGAUAAAGGAGGGAUGCUGAAAUGCUCAACAAUAUAUUUAAAUAUAAUUCAAAAACAAAAAGGGAAUUCAGGUUACGUUAAUAAAUGGCAAGUUUCAAAUAAAAUCAACCCAGGGAGCACUCUGUUGAAGAAAAGCAACCAAAAUCCACACCAUGCUGCUGCUGGGAUUCAGAGGAGGAAACCUUCAGUCUGAGUAGAUGGAAAGGAAGAAAAAUGUUUCUAGAAACUACAUCUGAGGGCCUUCGACAUGCUGUAUGUUUACCUGCUGAAUCUGCCUUUAGAGGGCGACCUAAUCGGCUUCAGUUCAUCUGGAACAAAGCGCAGAGGCGGGAUCUGCUCCUGGGAAAGACGAGCUGGAUGAUCAGACUUUCACCGCUGUCCUGUAGCAUUCGCCGGGGCGCUCGCAUGCGUUCACCAGCUGUCUGAUCCAUAUUCACACUCACUCACUCACACACACACAUCCCAGCAAUAUGAGACAUGCGCUCACCUGAAUGUGUGUGUUUGCUCUGUCGGAAACUAAAGCACUCUGAGAAUCCCCAGCGGACCAACCCUUUGUUUUUAACUGAAAUGAUGAUAGGAAUAGUGUGCACACAUUUCAGAUUCAGUUAGUCAUAUCAAUAGUAUUUAUCAACAUAGGAAUUGCACUUCAUUUCAAUGAAUAGGUUUGUGGUACCAUAAUUAUUGUUAUAUAUGAAUUAUUUAAACUUGUGAACUUUUAAAUUGUAACUUAUUGCCCUUUAUGUUAUUGAGGUUUAUUUAUUUGAAGCAAUCUAUUUAUUAUUAACUUUGUUUUGUAAAACAAACAUAAAAAUGCAACUUUACUGAUAACCAAUCUGCAGAUGUCUUAAGAACCUAUAACAAUAGACGAGGCAUAUUUUUUGAUUUUUAAAAACCUUUUUAGGGGCAGAUGUUUUAUAACAUAUCAAAAUUCUUUUGAUAAUUUUACAAAAAAUGUUUUUUUUUGUUUUGUUUUUCUUGUUUUCCUCCGUUUCGUUUGUGCUUUUUCUGUUACUGCUACAAACCCUACAGGUGAGAGGAAAAAAAAUGACAAAUUAUGUAUUUAUUAUUUAUCUAAUAAGAAAGAAAUCGACUGAUGUGUAUUUAUUUUGUUCUUAUUUAUGUGCUUGAUGUGACGGUUGAGUAGUUAAAAAAAAAAAUCCACUGUUAUUAUUUAAAUAAACAGAAGACAUCAAUACGAGGACUGUUUAAUUGCUGAGGUGUGUACAUAGACAAACCAGCAGCUGAUUGUAAACCCAACAGAAGCACUCACUUCUCUGUUACUGUCACAUCUCUGUGUGCUUUUUUGCUUUUUGUCAGGUGAAGAAAAAGAGAAAAAAAAAAAAUGAAUUUUGUACCUCUCCCAGGCUCUUUGUAGCAGCCAGCACUGGGUCACCCAGAACUUCUGCUUGGUGAAUAUUCUCUCAUCCUCCGUAAAGUGUUACACAUUGAGCGCUUUUCCAGUCGUGUUUAAGUCUGGAUGCAUGAGUCCUAAAUACAUAUCCAAACCCUUGAGGAUACAAUGAGGUCCUUUCUAUCUUUGACUAACUUCUAACAUACACACCCUUGUAGCCUUACUCUAGAUUUUAAUUUUUUGAUGCACAAAGUGCCACUGACUUAAAAGAAAAAAAAAACAGAAAAAGAUCAAAAAGGAGAGCUUACUUUUGUCCUGAUUCUUUGCAUCUCUGCAAUGUAAGAAUGUCUGGUCCUGGGACGACCACGGCAUCGAGAGAGUGCAGAUUGUUUCAAAUGCCUUUAUUUCUCUGCCAAGAUGGCCAUAAGUACACUAUAUAUACAUUCUGUACAAAUAGAUUUUAAAGAUGCUAUAUAUAUAUGAAUAUAAACAUACAUAUAUUUUUCCAGUGUAAUUGUUGACUUCUUCUUCUCUUGUAUUAUCAGACGCUGUUCAGGCGAAAUGUGAGGGUGCGUCGAUAUGAGGAGGCGGUUGCUCCGUCUUUAAUAUCACUUAGACCUGGUCAACUGUGGCUUUAAACAUUCAGUCAAGCUGAAGUCAUUGAUGGUAGUGUAACAGUACUUUGGAUCCCGUCAGUUUCCGUCCACCCGUCUGUCUUUGGCCUAAAAGUGUGCGAAGCAUCAGCUGCAUGUUUAGGCCUGAAUCUGAAACUAGCUGGAAGGCUCGUUGUUCCUAAGUGUCAUGUGAGUUCAUGUAAAGUUAAAAAAGAUGCCUCUGAAUAAUGUUCUGCACAUAGUGUUCAGCGACGUUGUGCAGCUUAUUAAUUAUUAUUGUUUAUUCUUAUUGUGUGUUGUUCAUGGUAAAGGCCUGCUCGCUCUGCGCUCUUUCAUGUUGAAACAAACCAGUAGGAGAUGUUAGUGUGACCUGCCUUUGGGUGAAACCAUUCCCAUGUGUAACUCUGAUGUCCAAGGCAUAUUGUAAAUGUGCUCUUAGCCAGCGUAGAAUGUGCACUUUCUGAAUAACUGCUGAAGAUGCCAGCAUUUAAGUCGGACAGUAGGACAGAUCUCGGGUGAAAUGGUGAUCUUUGUCCAUCCUGUGUGUUCCUGUGUGAGAGUUUUGAUCUCUGAGAGUUUUGUGAAAUUAAAGGAUUUUCAAAUUCCAAACUUGGAAACCAAAAGAGAUUGACGGGGAGGAGUGUUUGGUUCUCAGGUGACCUGAGGCAGAGCAGAGCAUCGCCACAGGUUGAGCAGUCAGCUGAGGCUAGAGGCAAUAGCAGCGGCUGGAUCAAGGCCUCAUGUGAAAUCAGACAAGUGUGUGGGAGUGGAAAAUUGAUUUGCCGGGCUGCACAACUUCCCCUUUGUUGUCGGAGGAGGCGUUUGUUGCAUAAAUAUGUGGACGUCACUCAGAAGAAUGUCAAAGCUUUUUUUGACUUUUUAGCCCUUCUCCCAAAUCCUGGUUGCUCCAGUCCUCCCCCCAUCUUCUUCACGUCUUGCGCAACCUUUCCUCAGGAAAGCUAGUUUGGAUGCAUUUGGUUAACAAAGUAGUGUAUUCUUCCUCUUGAAAUGCACAAGAAUACAACCCCUAGAGUGAUUAGACUGUGAAUAUUCUCCUAACCUAUUUGGUAUGGCAUGACCCCUUUUAAGCUGCUUGAUGAAGUUGUCUACUGAGGUAUGUAAAUGAAUAACACUGAGGCCAUGAAAGCAGAGCGUUUUAAGGAAAAAAAAAGAAAAAGUCCGCUAAGAAAGCAAACUCAGCCCACGGUCGGUCCUGCACCCACGCACUGUAUGUUUUCCUAUUUACAUAAAAGUACUGAGUGAUGGAGUCAGUUUUAUUAUUCUGAUCCAAAGAGGAACAUUUAACUGGAUGGGGGCUCAGUUUUUUUCCUCCCCAAAGCACCCGGGAUUACAUUUUAUUUGUCGGGACAACACUUUUCAGGGAAUUCAGUCCACACCAAAAUCCAAAAGUGAGAGAAGGAGUGAUGCAAGGAGAAGGAAAAAAAAACUGAGUGGCACUUUUUCAUCAGGCUGUCCAAAAUAUAACAAAACCAAAAGAAACCCUAUCUUUUCUCACCUCCCUGCCGUAGUUGUCAGAUGUGUGGUCUUAUCAUGUGUGCCUUUCUCCUGCCACUCAUGUCAACAUAUGGUAUGUUUACACCCCGUUCAAAUCCUGCCGAAAAUCCCCGGUCCUGAUCCAGAUGUCUGACUUUCAGGAGAAAUGGGCGGGGUGGGGUGGGGCGAGGGGUUGGUUUACUCUGAAUAAGCGUCUUUUCUUCUGUCCACUGCAAACAGAGAGCAUUCUGUUUAAUGGAAGAAACUCAAAAGCUUUUGUCUGUCUAAAGAAACUGUGAUCUCAUUCUGUCGAUUCAGGUACCAAAACUGCAUGGCCAGUUUCUGUGAAGGGAUCUGAAGAUCGGCAGUCAUCUCUAGAUCAUGCAUCAGAGUGCAGGGCAUUAUUUUGACAUAAGUGGAAAGUCUCUGUACAUAUUUGUAUUCAGAAGAAAAAGUGUUACUGUUGUAUUGAAGUUGAAAAUGGUCUCAAAAGUAAUACUGAUCAUAAAAAAAAAAUUAAGAAUAGUUUGUGACAGCAGAAAAAAACAAAAACUCCACAGCCAAGGGUUGUCCUGCUAGCACGUUUUUACAGAGAUGAGCUAUUUUUACCGGUGAUUUUCUAGACACUGAUAUUGAAAUCCUUUUAAAAAGUAGUACAAAACUUCCAGAAGUACAAGCACUUCCAUUACUAUUUAUGUGAUCAUUUUAGUUACUUUUGUAGAUGAGGUUGUUCCUUUGCUACUGCACCAUUUUGUAAAGUGGGACAGGCCUUGGCUGUGUGCUCUUAGGGAUUCACGUUUUUGUUUAACCUUUUUUGGAGGGGGGGGGGGGGGGGGGGGGGGUAUAACACUGUAGAUGGGCCAAGUUUGUGGAUGUGUGUUUGUGUACUUGUAAAAAUGUUCCCUGUUUCUGUGUCAGUGUUAUAAAGCAGAGAAGUGACGUCAGUUAUUGUGAGGGUAUGAACCAUUUUAAGUGUUCUCUAUAAAAAAUCCAAAUAAAGACUCAUAGACCAGAA